AUGUUCUUCUCGGAUGGCUAUACAAUCGAGGAGAGACAGAAGUUUAUAGAUGAUGCGACCCGCUUAGCCACAGACAUAUCGAGCAACCAGACAUUCAACACGGUCAAACCUCUCCUAAACUUUUGGGCGGUAUAUGUGCGCAGCAAAGAGAGUGGAGUCGGUACCGGCGGCAAGCCCAAAGAUACUCCGUUCGGUCUCUAUCGCGAUGGGACCGAGCUGAGAGGAGUAUAUUACAGCAAGCCAGAAAACGCACGAGCAGCAUGCGCCUAUUAUGGAGAUAAAUGCGACUAUCCAAUCCUUAUGGGGAACGACCCGCUCUAUGGAGGUCUGGGUGGAGAGUUCACCGUGAUUACCCCUUCAUCGGCGAAUGGCGCACUUGUGCUCCGGCACGAGCUUGGUCACUCCAUCAUCGACGUCGGGGAGGAGUACGAUGGUGGACCUGACUACUUCGGGAUCAAUGCUGCGCACAAUCUCUCCACGCCCAUCUCCUGGUCGCAUUGGCUCACCAACGGAUCGCACGCACAUCACGACCAUGAUGCCGGUUUCGGCGCUGUGCGUGUUGAGCGCUCCGUGAUGCCCAUGCAAGCGUAUCCAUGGACGCUGCUCAACACCUCCGCCCCGUGGUUCGUCACAUUCAACUCAAGCGGGAUAUACACGCGGCAUCUGAUACGCUUCUCUCUCUCCGGACUUCCUAACGAGGACGACUUGCGUGUGGCUUUCGACGGAGAAAAUCUGCACUGGAAGCCGAGGCCGGACAUUGGUGUAGAUCGCUGGCACUACGACAUCCAUCGUAACAUUGCUCUGAGCGGCGAUGAGCAUCAGGUGGAGUUCGCACUUAGCAACGGCGACCUGGAGGGAACCGCGCAGCUAUGCAGCGUCGAAGUAUUGGAAUUCGGUGAUAGCGAAGAAUUCAUCGCUGCCCCUGGACAUUACGGUAUCUAUCCGACCUUCUCAGACAGGAACGAAACAUCGUACCGCCCCACCAAUGAAGACUGCCUCAUGCGCCUGGUGACAACGCCAAACUUCUGCAAAGUCUGCCUCGAGGGCCUGUGGUUGUCAUUGUUACGGCGUGUGGAUCUCAUUGACAACCUACGAGCGGGAUGCAUAGUCGACGAGAAUGCAUGGCUGAAGCGCAUUCUAGAGCUCGACUUGGUCCCACUCGCGCAAUUCCGGGAGGAGGCAGUCGGCGUGGAGGAGAGCUACACCGUCACAUGGAAGAAAGAUGGGAAGGUGCUGGAAGAGUUUGCAAAUCAGACCAGUAUCUCGAUGGACGAUGCGCUUGCCCUUGGCACCUACACGGUCGACGUCCAGUUCAGCACGGCCGAAGUGCGCAUGGACAAGAACGGUCUACUGAGGAGCCAGCUCGAGUACAUCGUUGACGACACGUGUGGUUGA